ACUGGGCUUCGUGUUGUAUACAGCUCUACUUGCUUUUUAACUUAUAUGUUACGAAAUAGGCGUUGGGGCCUUUUAGAAAGGUUGCCCUUUUUUCUUGUUGGUCUUACUAGGACAUAGACUACAGUCUUACUCGGGCAUGGGCAAACUUGGGCCCUCUCUCCAGGUGUUUUGGGCUUCGGCUCCCACCAUUCCUCACAGCUUAAGCGGCUGAGGGAGGAAAGGAAGGGCCUGAGGCUAUGAGGAAUGGUGGGAAUUGAAGUCCAAAACACCUGGAGAGAGGGCCACAGUUUGCCCAUACCUAGACUACAAUCUUACUGGUUGUUUCUUAGGUGCUGUUUCUGUGGGCUUCCUUAUAAACAUUGGGCAUAAGCUUAAAUAUCUUGAAGGCACCGUGUCCUGCCUGGUCUUGGAGGCUAAACAGGGUCAGGUAUGGUUAAGCACUUGUGUGAGAGACCACCAAUGAAUCCCAGGUGGCGUAGGCCCUAUGUGACAGGAAGGAACUGGCAAAACUAAAUAUUCCUUGGACAAGAAAACAGUGGGGUAUCCAUAGGUCAGUAGGCAACUUGAAGGCAGAAACAUCCAAUUCAAGAGAAAAGACAUCGUCCCACCCCCCAUUGAACCUAUAGUAAUUUAAGAGUAUGGAAUUGGUAUAUCCGCCUUUGAGUAUUCCUUGCCUACGAAAACGACAGGAAAGCAAUCAAUAGGCAACUUGGAGCUCCUGGUGGCGCAAUGGGUGGCGCAACCAGUGGUUCUCAACCUGUGGGUCCCCAGAUGUUUUGGCCUUCAACUCCCAGAAAUCCUAACAGCUGCUAAACUAGCUGGGAUUUCUGGGAGUUGUAGGCCAAAACACCUGUGGACCUACAGGUUGAUAAUCAUUAGGUUAAACCCUUAUGCUGGCAGAACUGCUGACUGAAAGGUUGGGUAGUUCAAAUCCAAAGAGCGGGAUGAGCUUCUGUCUGUCAGCUCUUCCUUCUCAUUCGGGGACAUGAGAGAAGCCUCCUUGCAGAUGGCCAAUUCUUUCACACCAGAGGCGACUUGCAGUUUCUCAAGUUGCUCCUGACAUUAAAAAAAAGGCAACUUGAAGGUAUUCCCACAGACACAAAAAGCAAAUGUUAAAGAUGUGUUGGUAAAACCACCCCUAAGUAUUCCUACCCUAAGAGAAUCCCAUGAAAUUGUUUUGGGUUACCUAUAUGCACAUGUAUGUUGGGAUGGAAGUGGAUGAUUGUACGCCAUUGCUCUGGUGCCCAACAUGAUAUUGCAGCUUGUUGAUUAGAAGGUGAUUGGUCUUGACCUGAGAAAAAUUCUCAGCUCUGUCUAUAUAAACCCUUUAAUCCUUCUCUGUUAGCAGGUGGCAAGUUUUCAAAGCAAAUUGUACCUAUUUUUAAAUGACCUGAACACUAAGACAUUGAACUGAUGCAAUUUUAAAGUCAGCUUCCUUUUCCUCUUCUGAGGGCAAGAUAUUUGCAAGCAGGCCCAGAACCAAAAAAUAAGUGAGUUUCUCAUUUAGGUUGAGCACUAGAUUCCUUGGAGGAAAAACCCACAAUGGAUCGAAGCAGUGACCAGCACUUUCUCCAUGGCAUUCUUGGGAGAACUGUGAAACUCACACUGAAACACAGCACAUUCCAGGGGGUUUUGCAACAUUUGGAUCCCAGCCCAAGUAUUCUUCUAAAUAAAGUUAAAAACUUGGAAAGUGGCAGAUAUGUACCAGGAGUCAAGAUGUUUUUUGGCUAUGAAAUUAUUAAUGUGGAGUUACUUGAUAACAUAGAACAACAUGCAGGAGAAGGAAAAACAACAACUGCCACUAAGUGUAGAGACAUUGCAGUUACCAAAAUACCUACAUCAAACAAAGGAGAACCAUUGAAGCCAAGCAUUCAGGAUCUUGAAGCUCAUUUCCAAGAGAUGCAGGAGGUCAGGCUGAGUACCUUCAAAUAUAUCUUUACAGAAGAUCAGAGGGAGAAAAUUGAAUAUGUUGUUGUUGAUCAAUUCCAGAAGAAAUUUGGCUAUGCAAUGAUGCACAUCAAAAAGCAAACUGUAUGCGGUAUAGCAGCCGAGGGUAUCAAUUUAUGUCGUUAUGGAAAACUGUCUUGGCUUCAAGUAGCAACGAGAAGCCAAGUUUUCUUAUUUGACAUUUUUCUUCUGGGACCUCGAGUGUUCAAGAAUGGACUUCAAAUUAUAUUGGAAGAUCAGCAUAUUUUGAAAGUUAUUCAUGACUGCAGGUGGCUUUCAGAUUGUCUUUCUCACCAGUAUGGAAUUGAGCUCACUAAUGUCUUUGAUACACAGGUCGCAGAUGUUAUGCAGUUCUCAGUAGAAACAGGAGGAUUUCUUCCACUUCGCAUCAGCAAUUUGCAAGAGUGCCUAAUAGAAUACUUGGGAAUGUCACGAAAGGAUGUCUCUUUCAUGGAUCUAAGGCAGCGUGAGAUUGAGAGAAACCCUGACGUAUGGUUUAUGAGACCCCUUUCACCUGCCCUGCUGAAUGUGUUGGCUCUGGAAACAGUGUACCUCCUCCCUCUUCGCCUGAUGCUGCUUGAUGAAAUUAUGUCUGAUUUAACAACUUUAGUGGAUAGAUACCUUAAUGCAUUUCGGAAGGAAUCUGCAGACCUUUUUGGAAGCACAGAGAUUUCCUCUAUGAAGCUACCACAAGAGCUUAGACAACUGAAAGAUUUUCACAAAAUUCGGAGAGAGAAAGCACUGCGAAAAUUCCAAGUGAAUGAGGAUGGUCUUCUUAUCAGAAAACAUAUAGAGCCUUUGCAAGGAAAGAGAGCACAAAAAGAUGGAAAUGAAGAAAACGGCACUGAAUUAAUUUCUUCCAAUAUGAUAGCAUCCCCCAAAGCAUACAGUGCCAAUAAUCUUCAUCCAGUUUGUCAUGAAAACUCUAAAAAAGUGGAGCAGAAGGUAUCUCACUGUGAUAAUCAAGGGGACACAGUUAGAGGAAAUAUAGAAGAUGCUUGGAGACAAGAGGCCCAACUUGUAAAUCCACAAACUUCAAACCACGAACCGCAGACAAAGAUUGCUGGGACUUUGGAAAAGGAAAUCAGGCAAUUAUUGACACAGUAGAAUUAACUCAAGCUCCUGCAGUUUCUGACCUACAUAUCCAAGAAAUAACGAUUCUCCUCAGUUGUCACUUUGUUCUCGUCUUCUAUAAAGCCAUCUUGUCAACCUUGAGUAACAACACACUUUUCCUUUCAAGCAGACAGGAUCCCAUAAGUCCUAAAAGAAGAAAGUGAAAUUAGCUUUACUUUGCCUCAUGGAUACAUCUGCUGUCAAUUAGCUUCAAAUUUUGGAGAAAAAUAAGAAAUACAGUUGACACUCCACAUUUGCAGUUUUGACUUUUGCAGUUUUGAUUAUUUGCAGAUAUGGGUUUAAAGUUUUUUCUGAGAGUCUUUAGGUCUUUCAGUGCAACUCUGUAGCCAACUCCCACCAGAAGUUGGUCAUGGAAUGAAGCUGGAGAACCUAGAAAUUCAUAGACAGAACACCUCUAGGAAUCUCUAGGUUCUCCAGCACGAUCCUCACUACAGAUGGAAAGAUGUGCUGGAGAACCUAUAGAUUCCUAGAGGUGUUUUUCUGUCAGAUAAAAAAAGAAAGCAAAUUUUUAUCUGCAGUUUUUCACUUUUGUAGCAGUCCUAUGCCCCUAACCUCAAUGCAUGUGUUAUCAGUGAAAACACAGGUUGUUUAUUAAAUGAGUUAUUUCCAAGUGUCAAAGUCUAAAGUUCAUACACAUUCUGAGACUUUUCUGGUUUCCUAACCCUUGUUUAGGUUAUGUACGGGGUUUUUUUGUGCAAUACUGGAUGAUUCUUACAUAUUAUUCAAUUAUAUUUAGUUAUUUUCUUUCCCACACAGGACUUGCAGCAAGUCCUUUAGAAGAAAGCUUCCUUCACCACUGUUGACUGUACUGACUAGGGCUGGUGGGAAUGGGGAGUCCACUCCGGAUUGUCCACGGGUGCCACAGAGAAAUACAGAAACAUUUUAUUGCAUAAAAAGUAUUUCUCGAGAGCAGCAUUAUUUGCACUUAGUUUCUUUAAAAAUAAUGUGAACACCAAUUUGUUAUGUCUAGUAAAAUCUGAUCCUUAACUAUUCAUUUAUCACAGUGGACAUAGAUCAAAGUAUAUAAUGCUUUGGCUUACCAGUGUUAUUUGAUUAUAUUAUAUGCAAUGUCAGUUAAUGUGAAUUGAGAGAAGUAUUCACAUUACAGAAAGUUGUUUUCUGUUUUUAAAAUAAAAUAAGAUGGAAAGCCUUCAGAUAAGCAGCAUGAGUAUACUAUCUAAAGAAGGCCAAAACAUGAAGUGAUUUUGAGCAAAUGAUUCCUAAAAUGCAGGUUUGUGCAUGUCACAGAUAAAUAUGUUACACUGUGUUUUUGUUUGUCAGUAUUUUUCCCUCCCCAGAGCAGCAGCAAAGAUUUAUGUUUAAAAUAAAAGUUUUGAUUGUUCAUCUUUGUUCUAUAUGUAGGUUUAAUAUCUGUAUUCAAGCCACUGUGGCAUAGUGCUUUGAGUAUUAGAUUAGGACCAUAGCAGACCAUGGUUUGGAUUUCUAUUUGGCCAUGGAAGCUCACUGGGUGACUUUGGGCAAGCCAUUCUCUCUGCGCGUGGGGGGAUGAUGAUGAUGAUGAUGAUAACACCUAUUGACUAAGCUUCAACAAUAAAACUCUGUUAACCUGCCAAGGGUUUUCAUAAGUCAGAAAUGAUUUAAGGGCACACACCAAUAGUAGCAAAGCAUCUAUGUACCGUAUAUACUCGAAUAUAGGCCGACCUGAAUAUAAGCCGAGACACCUAAUUUUACCACAAAAAACUGGGAAAACUUGUUGACUCGAAUAUAAGCCGAAGGUGGGAAAUGCAGCAGCUACUGGUAAAUUUCAAAAUAAAAAUAGAUACCAAUAAAAUUACAUUAACUGAGGCAUAAGUGGGAUAAAUGUUUUUUGAAUAUUUACCGUAUUUCAAAGAAAAACAGUAAGCUAACUCUGUAAGUGCAUAAGUAGGGUCAACAAAAACAAUAUGUUAUCAACAAUAACUUUAUAAUAAUCAUCAUCAUUAUCAUCAUCAUCAUCAACAAUAACAACAACUUCCUUUGUAUCCUGUUCUAUCUAUCUCCCCAUGGGGACUCAGGCCGGCUUCCAACAUAGUAACAGGCAAACAUUCAAUGCCUAUAUAAUCAAUGCAGAGCUAGAUAUAGCUCUAUAAUUAUAUAUACUAAUUUCACAUUUGCAUUUCCCCGCUGAAAAGUUUGCAAAUCCUCUCUCUAUAUAUGUGCAUUUUCCUCCUGCAGUAUUUGCAAGUCCCAUUUAUCUAUGUUUACAUCUAUCUAGACAUCUGUGUGUGUAUGCAUAUUUAAAAGGCCUAUAUCUAUAUUAAUAUCUAUCUAGACAUUGCUCUAUAUAUAAUUAUAUCUUUAUAGGAUUUGCAAAAACCGGGAAACAUAUGAGGGGAAAAUUCAUAUAUUAAAUUAAUGUAUUUGUAGGGAGAAAUCUAUAUAUUAUUUACAAGCUUUGGGGCAUGCAUUUGCCCAAGGAAGAAAUGCAAGCAACCCCCCCCCCCCCCCCGCUAAAAACAACUUUGGCCUCUUUUCUCCUCCCCUUUCCCACCUCUUUUAUUUAUCCCUUUUCAAACUCUAAAAGUAGCCAGAAAAGGCUUUUUAAAACUUCCCUUCCUCUCCCAAAAAACCCACCCCAUUUUUGUUUCCGUAGGAAUAAAAAGAAAUACACACCUUCUGUUGCUCUUCUUUCCCUCCUUCCCUCCCUACUGACUCAAACAUUCUUGCAAUAAUAGUAAUAAUAAUAAUAAAUCCUGCAAAUUUACAAGAGUCUCUCUUUUUCUUCCCCUUGCACCCAUGCAAUCUUUUUCUUCUUCCUGGCUUGCAAGAGGCUCUCACUCACUCUCCUUUCGCUUUUGAAAACAUUCUCCUCUCUCUCUCUCUCUCUCUUAAAAAAUAAGAUAACUGCAGCCUGGGAGGAGAAGCGGAGAAGGGAAGUUUUGGAAAAGAAAACAUACUGUAGUCUCCAGGCUCCACUGCCUGGCUUGACCUUGACCCGAUUAUUUAUUUAUUUCCAUUUAUUUCCAUCAUUUCUAUCCCGCCCUUUUCACCUGAAGGGACUCAGGGUGGCUCACAAUCUGGCAAAAUUCAAUGCCAAUAUACAAUACAAAAAGAUAAAAUAUAAGCAGUUAAACAAUUAGGUAAUUUAACAAAAUACAAUAAAUAGAUUUAAAACCAUACAUUAUAAAAUACUUGAGCCAUUUGUCCACAAGACCUUAUACAUAAACCUUAAUCCAGACUGAAAAAGCCAGGGGAGGCUUUUUCAGCUCAUAAAUAAGGGCUGAAAAACCCGGCUUAUCUUUGAGUAUAUACGGUAUAUCUGUGUUUCUAGAUCAAGUGGGUAGUACCUCCACUAUAUGUAUACCUGUCGGGUGAUAAGCACAAUUCCAUUCAUGCACUGUCGACCAUUCCCACUUCCAACAAGCAUUGUAGAGCUAUUGGACGCUUUCCUUAAACUGUUGAAAACAUUCCUUUUCAGUUACUUAUGUAGACAAUGUGGCCUAUUCAAAUCUUAAGUAGGAUGCAUAGUAAACUCUUUUAUACUUUUUUCCUUUAUUAUUUAAAACUGCCAUUUAUCUGGUAUGUUUAGAAUGUAGUUACAGUACAAAUCUAAUUGAGAUGUCAUAAAAUCCCAAAAUGUUAAGAGUUGAAAUGGAAGGGGAUACAAGGGUCAUCUAAUCCAACCCACUGCCAUCUAGGGAUACACAAAUUAAACACUUCUGAAAGAUUCUCAUCCAAAUGUAAAGGUCUCCAAAGAAUAAGAUUCUACCAUACUCCAAGGCGGUUUAUUCUAUUCUAAAAUGCCUCUUACAGUAAAGAAGGUUUUCCUAAAGUUUUAGUAGAAUUUCUUCUCUUGUAAUUUAAAUCCAGUGGUUCAUGAUCAGGUUUGUGAAGCAGAUGAAAACAAGCGCACUCCAUGUUCAGACAUUCAUUUACAUACUUAAAGAUGGCUCUCAUGUCACCUGUCUUCUCUAAGCUAAACAACUGAAUUAAUUCCUUAAAGAUCUUGGUCUCCAGAUGUUUCCUUAUCUUGGUUAUCCUUCUCUGGACACAUUUCAAUUUGUCACUAUUGCCCUUGAAUUGUAGUGUUUCAAUGAGGCCUGGAAAAACAUAUUUCCUUUCUUUGUCAAGAGGUCAAGUUCAUCUUACGCUUUUGUAUUAGUGAAAAGAAAUCUAAGACCACAGGUCAUUCUCUAUAGUUUAUUUCUUGUUGUCAUCCCCCACUACAAUCGAGUUCUUGUUCUAUAGCCUAAUUUCCUCGUUUCAUUAAGAUUAUUGUCCCCAGUAUUUGGUGUUCUCCAGCCUACUAGAAUACUGUCUCACAUUCCCAUGUACCUCAAGUUUGUAGCCCUCCUGAUCAGGUUUGUGACAUUUAGCAAAUAUACUCUUACCAACUGCUUUGAGAUGCAACCCAUCUCUUACAAGAAGUUCCCUUCCUGAAAGUGCAACCCACUCUCCAAGAAGCCAUAUAUUUCCUGAUGGCAUAAUAAUAAUAAUAAUAAUAAUAAUAAUAAUAAUAAUAAUAAUAAUAAUAAAAAAACUUAUUUCUAGACCGCCCUCUCUCCCCAGAGGGACUCAGGGCAGUUAACAUACAUAUAAACGGCAAACAUUAAAUGCCACAAUUUCUUCAUUAAUAUCAAAAGUAUAAAAUGACAAUAACAUACACAUUAUAGUAAAUCCACAUUAGAAAAACAAUAAAUUUAAACAUGACAGUAAAAACAUUAUUGCACAGAGCGAGCGUAUACCUGGACUAAUUUAAGUGACCAAGUUGCUGAAAAUGUUCAGUCCUUGUUCUAGUUUCACUUAGACCAUAGCUGCUAUGGGUGGCAGUUAUGUUAUUCCUCCUCUCCGUAUGCUAAGGUGCAUAGAUGUAUCUUUAACAGUUUCUAUGGAGCCAGUUGUUCAUUUCAACAUUAAAGAGCAAUGAGAUACCAAGUUGUGUCCCAAGUUCCUUUAGUUUUUUCCUUAAAGCUUCAUAUAUGCCUACAAUGUGUUGAAGGCUAGAUCUUGGAAGUAUCAUAUUUUUAUGUAAUGGAGGGAGCAGUAGACUGGGGCUUUUGUUUUUUCCUCUAACAAAAUUGAAACUCUUUUACUUAGAUUACAGUUGGCAUGUUUAACCUAUACAGCACAUAAAGGUUUUUUACAGGUGUACCAGUAUGGGGACCUUUCUGAGAAAGAGAAGGCUAGCACUGCACAGGAUACGGGCAACCUUGCUCUCUGGCGGAAUUUAUUUUUUGUUGCUAAUGGAGUUGUAAUUUAAUUACCUGUCUCCACAAACACUUUGUCUCCAGUCUGCCAUGGGUAAAACAGGGAGUGGCCUUUGCCUGCACUGGGAUCUCACCAAAACAACCUAGCUAAAACAGAAACAUCAAAUAUAAAAUGUAGGCCUUUGAUUCUACUGUGGUCUUCAGUAUUUUUAAAAAAUCCUUUUUUACUGAGGAAGAAGCCAGUAAAGCUUUGCAAAAAUGUUGAUGUAUUUUCUGUAUUUGAGUAGGCCAAUAAAGGUAUUACUUUUUA